AUGGUGUUUGCUCUGGCCUCGCGUACGCUCCGCACCUCGAGCUACCGCCCUCUCCUCUCUAACAUUGGUGCUCGUCGUGGAUAUGCUGAGGCUGUGAGUGACAAGCUGAAGCUCAGCUUUGUUGUGCCCCACCAGGCGUUCUACGACAACGUCGAGGUGACUCAGGUAAACGUGCCUGCUGUGACCGGUGAUCUCGGUAUCCUUUCUGCCCACGUGCCGACUGUUGAGCAGAUCCGGCCUGGUCUCUUGGAGGUAAUUGAAUCGAGCGGCACUAGCAAGAAGUUCUUUGUUUCCAGCGGCUUUGCCACCAUCCACCCUAACAACCGCCUUACUAUCAACGCCAUUGAGGCAUACACUGUCGACAAGUUCUCGCCUGAGGCUGUCCGCCAGGGUCUGGCCGAUGCACAGCGCGUGGCUUCGGGUAACGGCUCCGCUGAGGAAAAGGCGGCGGCUGAGAUUGAAGUCGAGGUCUUUACGGCCCUGCAGCACGCUCUGUCUCAGAACUAA